AAAAUCUUGAAUUCACAAUUUUGGAAAGCUAAAAUCUUGAAAUCGGUCAAAAUCUUGAAUUCAGGAUUUUGGAAAGCUAAAUUCUUGAAAUCAGCAAAAAUCUUGAAUUUAGGAUUUUGGAAUCCUAAAAUCUUGAUAUCGGCCAAAAUCCUGAAUUCAAGAUUUUCGAAAGCUAAAAUCUUCAAAUCGGCAAAAAUCUUGAAAUCAGGAUUUUGGAAACGUAAAAUCUUCUAAUCAGCCAAAAUCUUUAAUUCAGGAUAUUGAAAAGCUAAAAUCUUGAAAUCGGCGAAGAUCGUGAAUUCAAGAUAUUGGAAAGCUAAAAUCUUGAAAUCGGAAAAAAUCUUGAAUUCAAGAUAAUGGAAAGCUAAAAUUUUGAAAUCCACAAAAAUCUUAAAUUCUGGAUUUUGGAAAGCUAAAAUCUUGAAAUCAGCCAAAAUCUUAAAAUCUGCCAAAAUCAUGAACUCAGGAUUUUGGAAAGCGUAAAUCUUGAAAUCCCCCAAAAUGUUGAAUUAAGGAUUUUGGAAAGCUAAGAUCUUGAAAUCGGCCAAAAUCUUGAAUUCAGGAUUUUGCAAAGCUAAAAUCUUGAAAUGGGCCAAAAUCUUGAAUUCAGGAUUUUAAAAAGUUAAAAUCUUGAAAUCAGCCAAAAUCUUGAAUUCAGGAUUUUCGAAAGCUACAAUCUUGAAAUCUGCCGAAAUCUUGAAUUCAGGAUUUUGGAAAUCUAAAAUCUUGUAAUCGACCAAAAACUUGAAUUCAGGAUUUUGGAAAAGUGAAAUCUUGAAAUCGGCCAAAAUCUUGAAUUCAAGAUUUUGGAGGGGUUAAAAUCUUGAAAUCCGCCAAAAUCUUGAAUUCACGAUUUUGGAAAGCUAAAAUCUUGAAAUCCACCAAAAUCUUGAAUUGAAAAUUUUGGAAAGCUGACAUCUUGAAAUCCGCCAGAGUCUUCAAUUCAGGGUUUUGGAAAGCUAAAAUCUCGAAAUCCGCCAAAAUCUUGGAAUGAGGAUUUUGGAAAGCUAAGAUCUUGAAAUCUGCCAAAAUCUUGAAUUCAGUAUUUUGGGAAAAUAAAAUCUUGAAAUCUCCCAAAAUUUUGAAUUGAGGAUUUUGGAAAGCUAAAAUCUUGAAAUCAGCCAAAAUCUUGAAAUCGGCCAAAAUCUUGCAUUCGGGAUUUUGGAAAGCUAAAAUCUUGAAAUCGGCCAAAAUCUUGAAAUCAGCAUUUUGGAGAGCUAAAAUCUUGAAAUCCGCCAAAAUCAUGAAUUCAAGAAUUUCGAAAGCUAAAAUAUUGAAAUCGGCCAAAAUGUUGAAUUCAGGAUUUUGUAAAGCUAAAAUCUUAAAAUCGGCCAAAAUCUUGCAUUCAGGAUUUUGGAAAGCUAAAAUCUUAAAAUCCGUCAAAAUCUUGAAUUGAGGAUUUUGGAAAGCUAAGAAUUUGAAAUAGGCUAAAAUCUUGAAAUCCGCCAAAAUCUUGAAAUCCCCCAAAAUUUUGAAUUCAGGAUUUUGGAAAGCUAAGAUCUUGACAUCGGCCAAAAUCUUGAAUUGAGGAUUUUAGAACGCUAAGAUCUUGAAAUCGGCCAAAAUCUUGAAUUCAGGAUUUUGGCAAGCUAAAAUCUUGAAAUCGGCCAAAAUUUUGAAUUCAGGAUUUUGGAAAGCUAAGAUCUUGAAAUGAGCCAAAAUCUUGAAUUCCGGAUUUUGGAAAGCUAAAAUCUUGAUAUACCCCAAAAUCUUGAAUUCGGCAUUUUGGAAAGCUAAUAUCUUGAAAUCGGCCAGAAUCUUGAAUUCAGGAUUUUGGAAAGCUAAAAUCUUGAAAUGGGCCAAAAUCUUAAAUUGAGGAUUUUGGAAAGCUAAUAUCUUGAAAUCGGCCAGAAUCUUGAAUUCAGGAUUUUGGAAAGCUAAAAUCUUGAAAUCGGCUACAACCUUGAAUUCAGGAUUUUGGAAACCUAACAUUUUGAAAUCCGCCAAAAUCUUGAAAUGAGCCAAAAUCUUGAAUUCAGGAUUUUCCAGAGCUUAAAUUUUGAAAUCGGCCAAAAUCUUGAAUUCAGGAUUUUGAAAAGCUAAAAUCUUGAAAUCAGACAAAAUCUUUAAUUCAGGAUUUUGGAAAGCUAAAAUCUUGAAAUCGGCCAAGAUCUUGAAUUCAGGGUCCUGGAAAGGUAAAAUCUUAAAAUCGGCCAAAAUCUUGAAUUCAGGGUCCUGGAAAGCUAAGCUCUUGAAAUCAGCCAAAAUCUUGAAUUCAGGAUUUUGGAAAGCUAAAAUCUUGAAAUCGGCCAAAAUCUUGAAUUCAGGAUUUUGGAAACCUAAGAUCUUCUAA